UUCCUUGUUGGUGUUUCCUGGUUGUUAGUCAGGUUUGUCUUUCUCUGCGGGAUUAAAAGUGGAAAACAUCUUUUUUAUUUUCUGCUGACAUCAUGAACUUGUUUUUAUUCUGUCUUCUGGUCGUGCAAAUGCACAGCGGGGCGCCUGUGAUUCACACGCUGAAGUAUUUCUACACUGCGUCCUCUCAAGUUCCAAACUUCCCAGAGUUUGUGAUGGUUGGUUAUGUUGAUGAAGUCCAGGUGUUUCACUAUGACAGCGAGAGCAGGAAAGCAGAAGCCAAACAGGACUGGAUGAACCAAAUCACAGAAGAGGAUCCAAACUACUGGCAGAGAGAAACAGAGAUCGGUGUUGUUCAGGAGCAAGUCAACAAAGUCAACAUUGAAAUUCUUAAGAAGCGUUUCAACCAAACUGGAGGUGUUCACAUUGUCCAGUGGAUGUCAGGAUGUGAAUGGAAUGAUGAGACUGAUGAAGUUAAAGGUUGGCGUCAGGAAGGUUAUGAUGGAGAAGAUUUCAUAUCGUUGGACAUGAAGACAUGGACAUAUACUGCAGCAAAACAACAAGCUUUCCCCACCAAACUCAAGUGGGACCAGGACAUACACCUAAUAGACAACUAUAAGUAUUACUACACUGAGCUAUGUCCUUCUUACUUGAAGAAGUAUGUGAAGUAUGGGAAGGAGGUCCUAAUGAGAACAGAGCUUCCAGAGGUGUUCCUCCUCCAGAAGACGCCGUCCUCUCCGGUCAGCUGCAUGGCGACAGGUUUCUACCCCGACCUUGCCGACCUGUUUUGGAGGAAAGACGGCGAGCAGAUCUUCGAGGACGUGGAGCACGGAGAGCUGCUCCCCAACCACGACGGAACCUUCCAGAUGUCGGUGGAGCUGAAAGUGGAGGUGACGGCCGACGUGGAGGGCAAGUACGAAUGUGUGUUCCAGCUGUCUGGCGUCAAGGAGGACUUGGUCACCAAGCUGGAGAGAAGAAGCAUCCUGAGCAACGCAAGCCAUGAAGACCACUGGAGCGUCGCCCUCGGCACCACGGCGGCGGUCGUGGCUGUGGCGGCCCUCCUGGCGGCCAUCAUCCUCGUCAGGCGACACAGACAAGCCCAAUACGAUCCAGCUCCUCGCCACGGCGGGGCCGAGCCCCCCGAGAACAUGCCGGCUGAAGGCUGAGUGGGACGCGGAUGCUUUGUGCACAGAGAGAUGUCUCCAUGGCUGAGGCACGUCAUCACACUUGGAGAUGUGAUGGAGAUGUGCUUUCUUCUUCAUCCGACUGCUUCUCUUGUUAUACCAUCGAUUCUUAUUUGGCUGUUGGUGGCUUGAUUAGAAAAAUAAGUUGGUUGCUAUGAAAUCAUUCGGGGCUCACGUUUCAUCACCUUGACAUCAUGACGAGGAUUUCCUCUUUCUUUGAAUCACCGCUGCUUGUAAUCAACAUCACAUUGUGUCACAUCUCUGUCAAUAAAUUCCGUUUGUUGUCCGCCACGGGCAAGACCAAA